AUGAGUUCCCUUCUAUGGCCCAGGGCGAAACCUGCCUUCAACCGCUCCGAGCUUUUGCCUUCGAUUAAGGGCAAGGUCAUUCUGGUUACUGGAGGAACAAGUGGCCUGGGGCGACAGGCAGUACUAGAAUACGCGCGUUAUGAUCCCGAGAAGAUAUGGCUUGCGGCACGAAACGCCGCCGCUGCAGAGAGGACCAUCAAGGAAAUUCAGGACGAGGCUCCAAAUGCAUCCAUUGAGUUCAUUCAUCUUGAGCUCACUUCAGUUGCAUCGAUUCGAAAGGCGGCUCGCAUAAUUCGCCUGAAAUCAAGCCGACUAGACAUUCUCAUGCUGAACGCUGGAAUCGUCGCAACACCACCCGGACUGACUGAGGACGGCUACGAAAUGCAGUUCGGCACUAACUAUAUCGGAUCUGUCCUGCUUACGAAGCUUCUGAGUCCAACCCUUCUCGAUACUGCUGAAAUACCCGAAGCAGACGCCCGAAUCAUCUUUUUGGGCUCUCAAGCUUCCUCGAUGGCUCCGACGCAGGGCAUUGUCUUUGAUGCUCUCAAGACAGACUUUGGUGAAGUUGGUGCAUGGGCAAGAUACGGUCAGAGCAAACUCGCAGUCAUUUUAUACGAACUGGGCACAGUCUUGGACAUCCUCAAGCUACAUACUUGA